UGGCCGAUCUGGCAUUAUUAGCACCUGACAUCCCGUUGGACGAUGCCAUAUUAACGAGAUUAAAUCUUGAUUUGCUUUUUGACUGUCAUUUAGUUGACGGGACGGAGGAGAUCACAGAGACGAAAUCCGAAAGGAUUAUGACUGCUUCGCGGGCUAGGCUGCCCCUUGCUGGUGCACUCCGAGAGCGCCCACAGACCAUAAAUAUGGAUUAUUUAGAAGCUCACGAGGGGUAUUAA